GAGUGGUUGUAUCGUACAGUGCCCGUCUUCUACGCAUAGGGCGGUGCGCUUCCCUCAACGUCAUAUCCUUCCUCUUCCCUUCAACUUCACUCAUCCUACCUCUCCUCCUUUUUAAUCCCCCAAUCCAUCUCUUCCAUGUACUAACCGCUAGCUUCGCAAUCCCCAAUCUCCUUCUCGAUUCCCUUCUCCUGUUCGAGAUCUUCCAUUCGAUACUAGUUUCCUCUCUUCUGGCAGAGUAAAGUUGAAGAUCAGACUCGAUUCUUUUGGUAGCAUCUAUGGUGGAGGUGUUCUCCUCCUGGUGGACAUCUCAUCUCCACCAGCAUCCUCGGUGGCUGGUGGGGCUUUUCACCACCCGGAGGACGCUGGUUUUCCUGCUCUGGAUUGUCGGCCUCGUUAUGGUUUUCUGGUGGCAGAGUACCUCGGUGGUCAGCAUUGUUUUCUUUCGCUGGAGAGUGGUAGCGCCCCAGUCGGAUUCAGUGAUGCGAGCGGCAGUGUUCAAUUUGACGGAUUUCGGUGCAGUUGGGGAUGGGAAGACGCUGAACACGGGGGCUUUUGAGCGUGCCGUGGUGGAGAUCUCAAAGCUUAGACAGAAGGGAGGUGGUCAGCUCAAUGUUCCUGCUGGGCUCUGGCUCACCGCGCCCUUCAAUCUCACCAGCCACAUGACUCUCUUCCUAGCGAAUGGUGCAGUGAUUCUUGGGAUCGAGGAUGAGAGUUAUUGGCAAUUGAUGCCUCCUUUGCCAUCUUAUGGAUAUGGGCGGGAACACAAUGGGCCUAGAUAUGGAAGUCUCAUACAUGGUCAAAAUUUGAAUGAUGUCAUUAUAACUGGACAUAAUGGUACAAUAAAUGGUCAAGGUCAUUCAUGGUGGACUAAAUACAAGAAAAAACUUCUCAACUACACAAGAGGACCUCUUGUGCAGCUUAUGAGGUCCAAUGAUAUAGUCAUCUCAAACAUAACUCUGCGUGAUUCUCCUUUUUGGACAUUACAUCCAUAUGAUUGCAAUAAUGUAACAGUCUCUAAUGUUACCAUCUUGGCUCCUGUUACUGGAGCUCCAAAUACAGAUGGUAUUGACCCAGAUUCUUGCAAGAAUGUCUUGAUAGAGAACUCAUACAUAUGUGUAGGUGAUGAUGCAAUAGCCAUAAAGAGUGGCUGGGAUCAGUAUGGAAUAGCAUAUGGGCAUCCAUCUACUAAUAUUACUCUUCGCAAUCUCACUGUUCGAUCUGUGGUGAGUGCUGGAGUAUCCAUAGGCAGCGAGAUGUCAGGUGGAGUUUCAAAUGUCCUGAUGGAAAACCUCAUUGUUUGGGAUUCAAGACGAGGCAUAAGAAUAAAGACAGCCCCAGGGAGAGGGGGCUAUGUUCAAAACAUCACUUUCAAGAAUGUGACUUUUCAUAAUCUGCGAGUUGGAAUUGUCAUAAAGACAGAUUACAAUGAGCACCCCCCAGGAUUUGACCCCAAAUCUCUUCCAAUCAUUCAGAAUAUAUCCUUCGUGGGGAUCCAUGGGCGUGAUGUUCUUGUUCCUGUUCGGCUCCAUGGCAGUGAAGAGAUUCCCAUCAAAGGUGUUAGCUUCCGGGACGUGUCUGUUCAGUCAAGCUACAAUAAGCAUGUUUUCCAAUGCUCCUAUGUUGAGGGUCGUGCCAUAGGGCCCAUCUUCCCUGCACCAUGUGAGAACCUGGACAUUUACGAUGAGCAGGGAAAUGUAGUAAAGCGUUCGGAGUCGCAAAACAAAACUAACAUCGACUAUCGCAUUUGAAAUUUUCAUUGUUACACCUGCACCUCAUUGUUACACCUGAUUGGAUUGUCUAUUACAUAAAAAUGUCUCUUUUCAUUCCUGAUAAUAUGGUCUUGCAGUGCA